AUGAUGGCAUCGCCAGCCUUGUUCACUGCGUCGCGCAGCCAAACACUCACCUACCUAUUGGCGGUGUGCCCCUUCUCCAUCGCGUUCCUAGUUUUCAUCAAUUCAUCCAUCUCCUUCGUCGUUACGAAUCUAAUUGGACUCCAAGAUGGUGAAGGAGAUGCCGUGGGAACAUUGGGCUUUGCAGACGAGCUUCUGGCGCUGGUCGCCUGCCCUCUCUGGGGUGUUCUCUCAGAUCGUAUCGGCGUUCGACAUGUCUGUACAGCAGGCUAUGCCAUUCUAGCGCUUGCGCUAGUCGUGUUCGUGCAGGCCACGAAUAUCUACCCUCAGCUUCUACUAGGCAGAUUGCUGUUCAGCAUCGGUGGUUCCGCCGUAUCGACCAUGGUCACUGCAGUUCUACCAACCGUAACAGGCAAUGCGAAGGCCCAAGCAUACCGCGUAUCUGUUUCCUCGGAACUGACCAUCACGCCAGAGCGAGUCAGGAACGGCCAAGCUACCCCGACGGCGGGCGCAUCCCCGUCUGCCCGACUUUCAGGCUUUGUCGGCACAUGUGCCGGCUGCGGCGCGCUCGUGGCAUUGACCAUCUUCCUGCCACUGGCAGCGCGCUUUGAGGGGAUAGGACUUUCGCCCGCUCAGGCGAUCCAACGCAGCUAUUAUGUGGUUGCUGCCGUAGCCCUUGCCAUCAGUUUGGUGUGUUUCAUUGGGCUUCGUGAUCUCCCCGGUGAAAAGGGUAAAAGCUGGAGUGUGUUGUGGACUUCUGACACGGAUGAAGAGGAUGAGGACGACGAUUCGUUCGUCGAGCGCCCGAAAUUGUCUUAUUGGAAGCAAUUAACGACUGCCUUGACACUCGGUUUCCGGAACCGCAGCAUUGGACUGGGUUAUGUUGGAGGCUUUGUGGCACGCGCUUCAUCCGUUGGGAUCUCAUUGUUCAUUCCCCUCGCUGUCAACCAUUACUAUCGAGCAUCGGGCCUGUGCCAUGAAGACCGUGAACCGGUAUCCGGAUCCGGGCUAGGCGACAUCAAAAAAGCGUGCCCUCGGGCAUAUAUCGUUGCAUCCAUCUUGACCGGAUCAUCACAGCUGAUUGCUUUGAUUGCAGCACCAGUAUUUGGAUACCUGACUGACAAGUCGCGCCGAUACAACUUCCCUCUGCUGUCCGCUGCGCUGGUGGGAAUCAUUGGCUACGUUGUUUUUGCAAUGCUUCCAGCCCCUCAUUUCCAGAAACCCGACGGCAGCCCUUGGGUAUUCGUGGUGAUGGCUCUGCUCGGGAUUAGCCAAAUCGGAGCCAUUGUGUGUAGCUUAGCAGUGUUGAGCAACGGAAUCCUUCGAGUCAGCAUCGAUGACGAGACCCUAAGGAAACUAUACGAGGAACGAUGCGCCAACGGGGAUGAGAACGAGCCCGACGAGGGCCAGUCUCUUCUUGGCGGGUCUGUCAACCGGAGAUUAGAGCAUCUGUCCCACCUGAAAGGCUCCAUUGCCGGGGUUUACUCGUUGUACGGCGGGGCAGGAAUCUUACUGCUGACGAAAGUGGGUGGAUUGCUCUUUGACGAGCUCUCGACGAGCACACCGUUCUUCAUCAUGGCUGGCUUCAAUGGAAUCUUGCUCGUCACGGGACUCAUUUGCGGGGGCAUGAACCAUCUCGGAUCUGGGCGAAGUCGGUGA